GCAUGCAAAGAACAUUAGAUCUCAAUGCCCAAACUAGUUCCAGCUGUGAAGCCCCAUAUUCAAAGUAGGGAGGAUUUCGUGAUGAUGCUGCACAAUAUUGCAAAUGCUAAAAUCAAUACUUUUUCUUCCUCGUUGAAAUCUGCGUGCUACACGUGGACACGAGAGGAAGUGAUAAAAAAUCUCAUCUGGAUAUUCCCAAAUAGCAGCAAUACAACAAAUACCUUACAUCAGCAUGUCAACAAGCUUGAAGAUGAAUCAAACGAUUCGAGUGUAAAUUUGGGUAAGGUCAAUGCAUGUUCCCGCUAUGGCGUAGCACACCAAGAUAACACAACUAUUGCGGUAUCUUCGGUUUUCGUUAAUGAAUGCCUUAAAUCACGGGAGAAACCUCCAUCGAGUAGCGUUGCUCCAUUUUCGGAUGCAGAUGAUAGAAAAAAAAAUAGUGAAGAAGAUAAUCGGCAAUCAGUAGGUCAAUCUACAAGAAGUUUGCUUUCCAUAUCCCAAAUAGACGCUCCUAAGCCACAGCGACAGCAGCAACAAAGUAAAAAAAACAGUAAACUAACAACAGUCAAAAUUGAACGACCAAAAAAGCGACCGAGGUCGUCUCAGCAAAUGGUUGUUGAAAACAAGAAGAGCGACAGUAGUGUUGAGUACGUUAGUCCUUCAGGUGACAAAUCAGUUGAAGGUCGACACAGUGAUAAUGUCGAAAUAAUUAGCCAAACCCCUCCAUCGAUACCAUCAUUACGGCACAAAUUGGAAGAUAAAUCCACUGAAAAGUCAGCCUCCGCGCCUAGACAGCGCUUGAUUACAUCAUUCCUUAUUCGAAAAGAUUCAUAAAAUAUGAAAUAAAAAGGACUCGCAGAAUCUACGAAUAUAAAAAUGACAAAGAUCAAGAAAAGUUCAGCUAUAAAGCAUAAUACGCUAUAAGUUCAUAUUUGUAUGUUCGGGAAAAGUCACUGAACCUUGUAUUGCAUCAAAAUUACGCUACUUACAAAAA